AUGCUACGACAUAAACGCGCUUCAACAGCGUUUCAAAUGCUAAUACUAACAUACCUGGUGGAGCGUUUAGCUGCGGCCAAUUGGCGCCAAGUGAAACCGAUGCAUCUGCUGCGCUUCGACGAAUAUUCUGGUGAUCAAAUGUUUAUGAGCAUGGAAGCGGAGCAUGUGGAAGACGACUUGCCCUCCAGUGACAUACAAGCAAUGGAUCGAAUUUUUGGCGGUAGUGUUGCACAACGGCAUGCCUUUCCCUAUCAAGUGGGUUUAUUGUUGCAACGACCGAAGGGUCUAUACUGGUGUGGUGGCGCGUUGAUCUCGGAUGAGUAUAUUUUAACGGCGGCACAUUGUGUUGACAUGGCGAAGCGCGCUUUGGUAUUUCUGGGUGCUCAUGAGAUUAAAAACGCCAAUGAAGUAGGUCAGGUGCGCAUUAUGGUGAAGCGCAACAACUUCAUUAUAUAUCCAACGUGGAAUCCUCGCCGACUCAAGAAUGAUAUCGCUUUGGUGCGUUUACCCAUACCAAUUCAUUUGAACGAUCGCAUACGCCCGAUUCCGCUACCACGACGGAGCUAUGAAUAUCGAGAAUUUACAAAUAAAUUGGCUAUCGCCUCGGGCUGGGGUCGUUACGCAGUGGGUGCACAUGCCAUUAGCAAUGUGUUGCGUUAUGUGAAACUACGCGUCGUUGACGGCUAUACCUGCAAACGCAGUUAUCCACUCUCCUAUCGUAGUACGAAUAUUUGUACAAGUGGCAAAUAUGCGCGUUCCACUUGCAAUGGCGAUUCGGGUGGCCCUCUCGUUAUACGUCGCAAACACACGAAAAAGCGUAUACUCAUCGGACUUACAUCAUUCGGUAGCAUACAUGGCUGUAAUCUCGGUUAUCCAGCUGCAUUUACAAAAGUUGCUUCAUAUCUGGAUUGGAUUAGUGAUGAGACGGGCAUCGAACAGUGGGAUGAAUCAUCAAAUAUGCUAGUGUUUAACAAAAUAAUAAAAGACUAUGAAAAGAAUCAUAGCAAAUAUCAAUAUUUCAAUGAGGAUACAACAGAGGAGGCUGAAGAUUGGGAAGAUAGUACAGAGGAGAUAACAGAAUUCACGGCACCUCAAGAAAAACAUUCUUUUCGGGUUGGACGUACGUCAUAUUCUUCAACAUGGCCGUUACGGCAAAGAGUACGAUAUUCGCCACCAAUUACUUAUAGGAAAUAUAUUUUUUUGUAG